UCCUCCGUUACUCAUCAAUAUGAAUUUAAACCCCACGGUUAACCAAGUUAACACUUCUCCUUCUCUCUCUCAUACCCCUUCAGCUUCUUCCCAUUCUUCUCAACUUCUUCCUCAAGCUUCUCUGAAUAGUUUUCCUAGUAAUGGCGGGCAAUCAAACUCCGAAAUCAUCAUGCAUGCAAGUGAAUUCCAGUCCGAGGGGUGCAUCCCGGCGGGGGAGGCAAACUUGGAUGGCCAGGGGGCCACGGUUCUUUCAGAGCAGGGGGGUUCCGACGGAUGUAAUAGAAGUUCCACGGGUGUCGGGGUCGAUCUUUCAACCGGAGUUACUUCAACUAUUUCCGACUCAGGCGGAGAUGAGUCCAUGUGUGACGGAGAGAGACACGGGUCGGUCAUUCGAGAAUCCGGCGGAGGAGGCGCGACGGUUGUUGGCGAAUUUACAGAAGCAGGAGCAAUUGUACACGGGUCCAAUUUCUCGACCUCGUCUGGAAUUACCCCGGAAUUUCAGCAAGCUUCCUUUGCCAGGAACGGCGCCGGAUUUCAAUCCCAUCACCAUUCAGUCCCCUUUAACUCGGGGAUUACCAAAAGAGGUUCCCAUAAUUCCUUUACAAUUCGAAACACAAGGGCAAGAAAUGGGUCUGUCGGGUCGCCAUACAGCACUUUACGAAACGCAACAAGAAGUCGUCGGAGUGCAGAUUCAGGGUCGGUACUAUCGUCAACUAUUGGAGCCGUUGAAGAUAUUCACGUAUGUGACGCCAAUUCGGUUGGAGGAUCUGGGAAUGAUGGGGUUGUCUCACCAUUGGAGGGAUUGGGCGGAGUUCUUUCUCCCCCUGAAUGCGGGUCCAAAUGAUGAGCCUAGUGUGGUGUUACAACGUCCUCUUCCCAAUUUGCAUAUGAAGAUCUGCGUUUGGAACGUACGGGGUGCGUCUAGGGAUGAGUUUCUUCCCACUGCAUGGAAUAUCAUUGAGGCUCAACAUCCGUCGAUUUUUAUUCUGCUGGAAACCAAGGCUGAUGAUUAUCGUGCAAAGGAAGUUAAAUUGCAGCUAGGAUUUCAUGACUUCAGGGUGAUUUCUCCGACAGAUAAACGGGGUGGUAUUUGGUUGUUCUGGAGGCGCUCGAUUGAAUUGGUUCUGUUCUCGGAGGAUGUCAAUCAGUUUCAUGUACUUUUUCAUUUUGAGAACGUUAAACCGGAGGUGUUAGUCACAGGUAUGCAUGCUCCCAGCGUUCCGGGUCCGCGGCACGCCUUUUGGAGAAGUAUGGCGGGUAAUCUGCCUCCGUCGGAGACGCCGUGGUUGGUGGUGGGUGAUAUGAAUGAAGUGACGUCCCAGUCGGAAAAGUUGGGUGGGCGUCCGUUUCGGAGUGGUCAAUGUGCGGAUCUUCGCACCUUUAUUGAUGCUGCUGGUUUGAUGGAUUUGGGUUAUCAUGGGUGUCCAUAUACUUGGACUAAUGCGCGUGAUGGUGCAGCUUUGAUCAAGGAGCGUUUGGAUAGGGCCCUCGCCAAUUCGCCAUGGAUUGAUUUGUUUCCUCAUACUCAGGGCAAAGGAAAGGAACAGGUUCGAUCAAUGAAUUUGAUUUGGACUCCUCCAGCGUAUGAGUUUCUCAAAUUAAAUACUGAUGGAAGUUGGAGAGCACAGAAUGAUGCAGGGGGUGGUGGAGUCUUCCGCGGUGCCACAGGGAAGUGGUAUAUGGGCUACUCCAGCAAAUUCAAUGCCAUUACUCCGUUGGCUGCGGAGCUUUAUGCAAUUCGGGAAGGCUUAAUUAUGGCUGCGGAUUAUGGUAUUUUGAAUUUGGAAGUCGAGACGGAUGCACAGGCUUUGCUGAACUUGCUCAAAUCGGUGGAUGGGUCAUACCAUGAGGAGUUAAAGCCAGUGUUGGGUGAUGUUUCAGCUCUUAUGGCAAGUUUCAAGUCCAUUGUGGUUAAGCACAUUCCACGCGCACAGAAUAAGGUUGCUCAUAGUUUGGCUCAGUAUGCUAUUGAAAUGGCAGUUGGGCAUAAGUUUUACUUGAAUCCACCUCCUUUCGCGGCCAUUGCGUAUCAGGGUGAUUUGCAGAAACUGGAGGAUGCAGAGAAGCGGAAAGUGUUGGCGGCGGCGGGAUGUAGCAGGAUCAUUGAUUUGGAAGCUCCACCAACGGAAGAUGGGGAUUGCGAAGUUGUCACUUCUCAGAUUCUGUUUGGUACUAUUCCGGCCACAGUGGUGUCCACUGUUCCAGUUCGUGGGUCAGAGGAGGUGGUGAGUUCAAUUGACAAGGUGGUGAAGGAUGGAGGCGUGGGGCCUGCGUAGGAUGGUCUUUGGUGUUGGUUCCCUCAGGCUUGGAUGCUUGUUAAUGAGUCCUUGGUCAGCCAAGUUUCUGAGUAAUUUGGUAGGGUUUGUGUGUAUAGUUUGUUGUUAAUGUUGGUAGACUUGGGUUUUAUGGGUGUAUUCUGGGCAGCAAGUUUUUGGGUUGGCCCAAUGAUUUUUUGUUGUAUAGCUUUUGUAGGGGUUGGGUUGGUUCGGUUUGGGCUUUCGUGUUUGUUGGGUCGCAAGUUUUUGAGUUAUCCCGACAUUCUUGUAGAACUAAUCUUUUAAUCUAAUUCUCCUUUGUUUGCGUUAAAA